UGUUGUUUUUAUGACUUUCAAUUUCAUUUUUUAACUGAAACAGGUUGGUACAGCACCGGCAGCUAUUAUUUGGCUAAAAAUAUAGUAGAACUACCAAUGUUUAUCGUAACCGUAACCAUAUAUGUAGUUAUUGUCUAUAAGAUUAAUCCRCAAAUUAACGAAACCAACCGUUUCGUAGGCUUUAUGUUAGUCAUGUUUGGCUGUGGAUUCUGUUCACAGGGUUUAGGCUUUCUCUGUGGUAUAUUGUUUCGAUCAGAUCUCAAGAUGGCACUGGUCUUCAACAUCUGUAUGGUUCUGGUAAAUCUGUUACUGUGCGGCUUUUAUGCAGCGCUCAGGGAUCUACCUGAUUGGGCACAAUCGUUGGCCCACAUAUCGUACGUCAAACAGUCAUUCGAGAUGAUCCUGUAUUUGGUUUACGGCUUCGAUAGGUGUCCGUCAGGCCUGACGUCGUCKAUACUCUACCAAAACGAUCUGCUCGACGAAAACAAGUUCUGGUGGAACGGACCCAUACUGGCCGUUCACGGGCUAACCCUACGUGUGCUCGGCUUUAUCAUAAUGAUGUUUAAGACCAACUCGUUUAGUCUGAGUUGGCUUUGCAGUGGUCGUAGUGAUGGAUCGAAAAAAUCUAAACGCGUUGAUAGUUCACUGUCGAUGAAGAUGAUGACCACACGCGUAGAUACCAUUCAGUCCAUCCAUGGUUCGCAAUACAUGUAGUUCCUCUCUAGUAAAUGUUGAUCACAUUAUCUGUGACUAUUGCAUAUGGGAACCGGUAGUAUACAUACUUGG